UCCCAGCCUGGAUUCCCUGGCUGUUAGCACAGCCCUGCCCAGCCCCACGGACGGGAAUUCUUCACGGCAGAGUGAAUACUUUGGGAGAGGGCAGUGGAAGGCGGCAGUUUUGCCCCCCUCCUUCUCUGCCUGGGAGAAAGGAGUUGCCCAACCUGGUCAUGAGACUUUUCCAUACUUCCCAAAGAGGCUCCUGAAGUUCUGACACUGCACCACGGAGAGCCUGGGGCAGCACAGCCCCCCCGAGAGCACACACGCAGGCACGGGAGAUGGAGAAUGAGGUUGGCAAAUCUGUGGACAAUCAAAUGGACAAAUACAUAGUUACAAUAAUGGGGAAAUCAGAAAGUCAAAUGGAUAUUGUGGAAAAAUCGACCAAAUCUGGGAAGAAGCCCUGGAGCUUUGUGGCCAUCGGGCUGGCUGUCCUGCUGCUCCUCAUGACUUGUGCUGCCGUCGCCCUGGUGAUCCUCUAUGCCAGCAGCAGAGGCUCCCACUAUGGCACCAACUCGGGCAACAUCUGUACCACCCCUGGGUGUGUGACAGCAGCUGCCAGGAUAAUCCAGAACAUGGACCCCACAGCUGACCCGUGCAAGGAUUUCUACCAGUACGCCUGCGGGGGCUGGCUGAGCCGGCACGUCAUCCCAGAGACCAGCUCCAGAUACAGCAUCUUUGACAUCCUCAGAGACGAGCUGGAGAUCAUCCUCAAAGGUGUGCUGGAGACUUCAGAUCAAGGGGACAGAGAAGCAUUUCAGAAAGCUAAAAUCCUUUACAAGUCCUGCAUGAAUGAGAGUCUUAUAGAGCAACGAGAUUCCCUGCCUCUGCUGGAGGCCUUGAGGAUGGUUGGAGAUUGGCCAGUGGCUUCUGCAGACUGGAGUAAGACCAGAGAGCCAAGCUGGAGCAUGGAGGAAAACCUUUCCAUAAUGAACUCCAGGUUUAACAAACGUGUCCUCAUUGACAUGUUCGUGUGGAAUGAUGACCGGGAUUCCAGCAGACACAUCAUUUAUAUUGACCAGCCAAGUUUGGGAAUGCCAUCCAGGGACUACUACUUUAAUGGGGGUAACUAUCAAAGAGUGAGAGAAGCUUAUCUGCAGUUCAUGAUCACCAUUGCCAAAAUGAUCCGGGAGGACAAGAACGUGUCCAAAGACGAUUCCUUUGUCCAAGAGGAAAUGACAAAGGUCAUGGAGUUUGAAACAGAGAUUGCAAAUGCCACGACCCCAGCAGAGGAAAGGCACGAUGUGACCUUGUUGUACAACAAAAUGACCUUAGCAGAGCUGCAGGAAAAGUUUGCAUUCAAUGAAUUUAACUGGACCUUCUUCAUCCAACGUGUCAUGUCUUCAGUAAGUGUUCAGGUGGAGCCGGAGGAAGAGGUGGUUGUGUAUGGGAUGCCAUAUCUGCAAGAGCUGAAAGCAAUUAUCUCCAAGUACUCAGCCAGCACCAUCCAGAACUAUCUCAUCUGGCGGCUGGUGAUCGACCGGGUCAGCAGCUUGAGCCGGCGCUUCAAGGAUGCACGGGCCAGCUACAGGAAGGCCCUGUACGGGACCACGCUGGAGGAGGCGCGCUGGAGGGAGUGCGUGAGUUACGUCAACAACAACAUGGAGAACGCGGUGGGAGCCAUGUAUGUCCGGGAGACUUUUGCUGGUGAGAGCAAGAGGAUGGUCCGAGAUUUAAUAGAGAAGAUCCGUGAAGUGUUUGUGGAGACUUUGGAUGAGUUACAGUGGAUGGAUGAGGCGUCCAAGGAGAAAGCUCGUGAGAAGGCAAUGGCAAUCAAAGAACAGAUUGGCUACCCAGAUUAUAUUUUAGAAGAUCAGAACGAGAAACUGGACCUGGAAUAUGCCAAUUUAAACUUCAGUGAACACAACUACUUUGAAAACAUCCUGGAAAACCUGCAAGCUGGAGCCCAAAAGAGCCUGAAAAAGCUUCGGGAGAGAGUUGACCAAGAUAUAUGGAUAAUUGGAGCUGCAGUGGUCAAUGCAUUCUAUUCCCCUAACAGGAACCAGAUAGUUUUUCCUGCUGGGAUUCUCCAGCCCCCCUUCUUCAGCAAACACCAGCCCCAGGCCCUGAACUUUGGAGGGAUUGGGAUGGUUAUUGGCCAUGAGAUCACUCAUGGAUUCGAUGACAACGGUAGGAAUUUUGACAAAGAUGGGAAUAUGCUGGACUGGUGGAGCAAUUUCUCAGCACUGCAUUUCAAGGAGCAGUCCCUGUGCAUGGUGCACCAGUAUGGGAACUACACCUGGGAGCUGGCUGGGGGACAGAAUGUCAGUGGCAUAAGCACAUUAGGAGAAAAUAUCGCAGAUAACGGAGGAGUCCGACAGGCUUAUAAGGCCUACUUGAAGUGGCUGGAACGGGAAGGGAAGGAGCCAAAGCUGCCUGGACUGAACCUGUCCCACAAACAGCUUUUCUUCCUCAACUUUGCCCAGGUUUGGUGUGGCUCCUACAGACCAGAAUAUGCCAGUCAGUCCAUAAAGACAGACGUUCACAGCCCUCUGAAGUACAGGGUGAUGGGCUCGUUGCAGAACUUUGAAGCCUUCUCCGAGGUGUUCCACUGUAAGAAGGGCACGGCCAUGCACCCCGCAGGGAAGUGCCGGGUGUGGUAACCAAGGAUGGGACACUUUGGUGACACCACAAACAGCUGGUGGCAGGGAUGUGCCCGGUGUCCUGCUGCUCAGCACAGCCAGGGCUGCCGGGGCAGCUGCUGCAGUGAGCCAAGGAAGCACUGAGCUCUCCCAGUGCCACUGGGGAGCACACAGGGAUCCCGGGGAUCCCGGGGAUGGAUCCCAGGGAUGGAUCCCGGGACUGCGGGCUGUGCCAGAGGCCACGCUGUGUUCCUGGGCACAACGACUGUUUCCAAUGACAUCCUGACUGUUACUAGGACACUGCAUCAGGGUUACAAGGACUAAUUCUUACACGAAAAAAAAAAAAAAAAAAAAAAAAAAAAAAAAAAAAAAGCCGCCACAAAUCUAUUUUUCAGAACGGAAUAAUAAUUUUAAUAUAUCAGCCCCACUUUCUGGGGCUCAGCAAUGCUGUCUGAGAUGCUCCACUGCUCUGUUUCCAGUGUUCUGGCUCCGUUUCUGGUGCAUUUUUCCCCAGAUCAGGUUAGAGCUGGUGUAAACUCUCGUGCUGUCUGCCCCUGCACUUUGAUCACUGCUUUGUUGUCAUGGAUUGCUAUUUGUCGUGACAUGUCACACAGUGAGCUCUAUGUAAAGACGCCUGUCACACUCUCCUCCCGCACUUGAGUUCCUCUGCUCCAAAGAACCCCUUCAAGUAAAGCAUCACUACAAUUAUCACCUUUUAGGAGUACAAAUUCUGUCUUUAUGGUUAAAUUACAGGGUCCCACCCUUCAGAGAUAUAUUUAAAAUGAUGCUUAUUCUUGUAGAAAGUGUAUAAAAUACCUUUUGCCAAAUAGCAGACAUGUAUCCAUGGAAACAAUUAAGCUGGUUUUAAUCCUGUGCCUUUUUAUUUUGCCAUAGGCUAUUU